AUGUUCGCCACUGGCGGCUACGACCACCUUGUCCAUCUUUGGACGCUCCCGGAGGACCGCCGACCGGUGUCUUCCGCCCCACUCGCAAUCAAACAUAACUCUGUCAUCCAAUCUCUGUUACCCAUCCGAGAUACCAGCAGCAAACUCGUGACUGCCAGCGCGGACUGCAGUGUCAACAUCUAUGAUCUUUCCUCCGAGCGAGUGGUUAACAUCCUCAAGCUGUCCAAUUCGGUGUACCACGCUCACACUGCGAUCUCGGAGUUCUGCACAUUGUUUGAGGUCGGCCACCGUGAGUUCCAGUUCGAAGUACGGGAUCAUCGUCUUGUGCCCAAAGUGCCUGUGGCUCGAUUUGGGUAUCCAAGUGCCAAGGUUCACGGCAGAUUUGUACGAGGCUCAGUCGAAGGCACCACUUUCGCGUCAGGCGGAGGUGAGAAGGAUGGUUGCGUGCGCUUGUGGGAUCUACGUCAAGCUGACAAAGUCAUGCAAUCGAUUCCCUGUCUACCUGGACGCAAGGUUAUACAAGUCGCGUUCGGAGACGAACGGUGGGCGGCGUGCUCCGAAGACCACCACCUCGCGUACAUUAGUCGCACAGGAGAGCUGAUGGAUUUGUGA